AUGCGUCCUGCAACCUUGUACAAAGGGUAUCAAGCAAAGCUUGCUGCUCGUGAGACUGCACGCCAGCGCAUGUUGGUGACCGCAUGGGAAAUCGAGGAAACUGAGCGCUUCCUUGAAUUCCUCGAUGCUCUGCAUGUUGACAACGAAGAACGGCUCGGAUUCGCUCAAGAAGACUUAAACAUCUUUAGGAAGCUAUUUUCUGAGCGUGACCGUUCUGAUGUCAAUGACGACAGAGAUUAUCUUCAAGCUGUGUAUGAGGAUGAAAUGGAGAUUCUUCGCGUUGUCUCGCUACAAGCUGAGCAGUUCUCAAAGAUCUUAGGUGCACGUGUCAAGAAGGAUUUCUUGCAACCUGGAGCCAGAGGAUCGGGAUCCCCAUCGCCUGAGCCUGGGGUUUCGGUUAGAGAUAAUCUGGUAUCCGCAGAUCUGGAAGAUAGCUCACAGGUUUCGGUCAAUUUGGCAGCACAGUCCGCACACCCUUCCCAAUUCAAAUUGGACUGCUCUCUGCGCCCAUGCAUCCUCAACUCCCUCUACUUUAUGGCCAGCAAACGUGCACCGCCCCGCAAAGGCCUCAACCCUUCUCAUGCUCCCGCGGACAGUCAAUUGAAUCUCGUUGAUGAGCAGCCGCGCGAACCAAUGUCUUAUUUUAACCCUCACGCCUCAAAUCAGCCGCUGCCGUUCAAUCCUCACACUACCCACCAUCCACAGGACUCCGCGCACCACCAACACGAGUCCGCUCCCCACCAGCGCGAGCCCGCUUACCAUCAGCAUGAAGAUUUCGCCCACCAUCAGCAUGAAGAUCUCCCCCAUCAUCAGCAUCAGGAUUUUGCCCACCAUCAGCAUCAGCCCACUCCCCACCAGCGCGAGCCCGCUUACCAUCAGCAUGAAGAUCUCGCGCACCAUCCACAUCAGGACUUCGCGCCUCCUCAGCAUGAAGAUCUCGCAUACCAUCCGCAUCAGAACUUUGCGCCUCCUCAGCAGGACUUUGCGCAUCCUCAGCAGGACUUUGCGUAUCCUCAGCAGGACUUUGCGCCUCCUCAGCAGGACUUUGCGCAUCCUCAGCAGGACUUUGCGUAUCCUCAGCAGGACUUCGCAUCUGGCGCUGGAUCCUCGACCGGAUAUGUUGCUCCGUCAUUAGCGCCCAGUUGGGUCGGCGAUGAUGAGGAAUUCCAGACCCUUUCGGUCCCGCCACCGGAUCUCGAACACUUACGGCCAAUGUCGACGGGAGAGAUCCCCAACUCCCAUGUGAUACAUACCACAGGGCCCGCAAGGACAUCGAAAGCACGUCGUCGUGCAACUCGACGCCUGCCCCCCACACCACGUCUUCUCAUUCCUGCUGUGACGCCCCCAACGAUGACGGGGACAGUGGCACCUACGGAAUCCAUCGAAGGUUCCACCAUUAAUAUUAGUCCCGAGACACGCAAACAAGCGAUCUCGCUCUCGAAAGAGCGCAUAUUAUCCAUCGUAUUUUCCGAGGAUGCAUUGGCAUAUCUGGUAUCUGACAAAAAACGCAUCAUCAGAAAUGUUAUUUCUGAAGUAAGACUUGGAAUACCAGCGCUUCUCGUUGCGACUCGAUGGACGGCUAACAAAAAGGACGUCGCAAAUAUUUGGUGCGCAGUGACGAAGUUUCGCACUUCGUUUGCAACGAUCAUCCGACAUGCUGUCGUGAUGGGAUAUUCCCUUUUCCCACCACCGGGCUGUGUUAUCCCCCCAGAUACUUUUCGUGUCGAUCGAAUACGCCGCCUCGUCGUAGAUAACGCCUUAGCGUUCAUGCAUCAAUACACGUUCACUGCAGAUGGUGCGCUUGUCAUUAACUCGAAAUUCACCAAUCCAUUCGUCCUUCACGUCCUAACGAGACUCAUAUGGUGUUCGCCCUUCGGGCUACAUACAUUUCUCGACGAAUCCCCACGCCGUCAACUACGUUACGCUAUUGGCGCAGCCGGCGCCAUUACAGAGUCUGCAUUGAUAGAGCAGGGCUUGAUACAACUGACGAAGGGUAGGAUCACCCCCCAGAUGACAUUUUCGACAUUCACGAAUAUUGUUCUGAGCCUGGAUCGGCUCGAUGACAAUGAAAAGUCUGUUUUUGACGAGUUUACAGAUAGUAUUGUCGUUUGCGGGCACUCGCAACAAACUAACGACGAACUAUCUGAUUUUGUUUUCGAAUAA